CAGAGGAAGUGGCGCAGAGCGUACGCAUAGGCGACUGAUUGCAGUUUGUUUUCUGAGGUUUUGCCUUUCGGCUUCCAAAAUCUCUGGUUCUAGGGUUUCAAUUUUGAGCUACAAUGUCCGAUUACGAUGGCAGUGGAGACGAUUACUCCUCUCUUCGGAGCAAACGUAAUUCUCAUGGAUCAAGUCACGAGAGGUUAACGACGAGGGACUACAAGGAGAGAAGUUCUAGAGUUGAAAGAGGAAGAGGCAAUAGUAGUAAUAAUGGUUAUGAUCGUCAUCAAAGACGAGAUUACGACAGGCAACGUGAUUAUGGUCGUGAUAGGGAAAGAAGGCAUAGGCAUGGAAUGCGUUCCCACUCAAGGGAAAUAUCAAAAUCAAGAUCAAGAUCGCCCUCUUCUUCCCGGUCUCGCGCUAAAAGCAAGCGGACAAGUGGCUUUGACAUGGCACCACCUGCUGCCACCGUGCUCCCUGGUGCCGCUGUUCAAGGGCAGUUGCUGAGCAUUCCUCAAACAACACCUGGCGUGGUGCAAAACAUAUUGCCUUUCGGAACUGCACAAUUUUCUCUUCCCCUGAUGCCAGCCCAAGCCAUGACUCAGCAGGCUACAAGGCAUGCUCGACGAGUAUAUGUCGGUGGGCUUCCUCCUACGGCUAACGAGCAGACAAUUGCUACAUUCUUCAGUGGUGUUAUGACUGCAAUUGGAGGAAAUUCUUCUGGUUCAGGCGAUGCAGUUGUUAAUGUCUACAUCAAUCACGAGAAGAAGUUUGCAUUUGUGGAGAUGAGGACUGUUGAAGAAGCAAGUAAUGCAAUGGCAUUAGAUGGGAUCAUAUUUGAGGGGGUUGCUGUAAGGGUACGAAGGCCAACAGACUAUAAUCCUGCUUUAGCUGCGACACUUGGUCCUAGUCAACCAAGUCCUCACCUUAACUUAGCUGCUGCUGGGCUCACACCAGGUGCAAUCACUGGAGCCGAGGGACCUGAACGUAUCUUUGUUGGUGGACUCCCAUAUUAUUUCACUGAGCCACAGAUAAGAGAAUUGCUCGAGUCGUUUGGACCUCUUCGUGGCUUCGAUCUUGUUAAGGAUAAAGACACUGGAAACUCUAAAGGAUAUGGUUUUUGUGUCUAUCAGGAUCCAGCAGUGACAGACAUUGCCUGUGGAGCUCUUAAUGGAUUGAAAAUGGGGGAUAAAACGCUCACUGUUCGGCGUGCUACUUUGAGCAGCGCUGGGCAGUCCAAAUCAGAACAGGAAAAUAUAUUGGCACAGGCACAACAGCAUAUAGCCAUUCAGAAGAUGGCCCUGCAUGCUGGUGGUGUAAAACUUCCAGAAAUUGGGAUGACACUUGUAGAAAAUGUGGGAAUUCCAACUAAAAUUUUAUGUUUGACUGAGGCAAUUAGUUCUGAUCAACUGAAGGAUGAUGAAGAAUAUGAAGAAAUAGUAGAAGAUAUGAGGGAGGAAUGCGGAAAAUUUGGAAGUGUGGUGAAUGUCAUUAUUCCUCGUCCAGAUCAGAAUGGAGAAACGAUCUCUGGUGUUGGAAAGGUGUUCUUGGAAUACGCUGAUGCUGUAGGUUGUGCCAAUGCAAGGAAUGUACUCAACGGAAGAAAAUUUGGGGGUAAUAUUGUGCACGCUGUUUUUUAUCCGGAAGACAGAUAUUAUAGCAGGGACUUUAGUGCAUAAGAAUAAUAUUGUGCACAAUAUUCUGACAUGCUUUUCUAUUGUGGUGUUCUGAAUUUUUUUUUUUUUUUUUUUUUUGGACGAGUAACAGAACUUUUAGAUUGUGUAAUACUGUAAUUCCUUUCUUCAGGAAAUA